CACAUAAAUGCCACUAGUCUCGAACACGAAACAUUGUGAGAGGGUUUUACUUUUAUCAAAGGGGUUUUUCUAAUCACACUCUUCGAAUGAAUCAUCUUCUCCUCUAGGUCGUCGUACGGUCGAAGAAAUGGGUUUAAGGAAGGCAAAACACAAACUAAGCGCCAUCUUCCGCGUAGCGAUGAGAAACGCCGCUAAAAAACCUCCAGCCGAAGCCGUCGCCGGAGAGUAUCCCGAGAUGGAUUUUAUUGGCCAAGGAACAGAGUCAUGGAGUUCGUUUCCGGACAUUCUCACGCCGCUUAAGUCUUUCAUGGAUCCAUCCAACACUGGACAACAAGGAGGUAACACUCUAGUGAUGCGUGGAACGUCGUCACUCGCGGGUCUUGUCUCUUCUGGCUUCGGUGUUAAACCUCGGAAAAGAAAAGACGAUAAUGAUUUUUCUUCCAAGAAGAAGACAUUGGAGUUGUCAGCUUUCUUAUCCGGGAAACUCCCUCCAUCUACAAAGAAACAACACGUGGCGCGUGGAAGGUUACAGUUCGAGACCUUCAAGAAGAACCAGUCACAGCUUAUGAAGAAGCUCUCUAAAGGAUGCGCUCGGAAGCUGGGGCAGGAGACCACGUUCGAGGUGUUGUUUAAAAUGGGGAAAGAAGCGGGCGAGAGAGAGUACAACGCCAGGAUUCAGCUUUGCGUGGAGAACGCGAGGAGAAGCAAUGACGCGGAGUAUGUGCUUGAUCAAGUUGGGAAAGCUAUUGAGUAUUUGAAGGAGAUGAGGCAAGGAGGGUUCUCUAUAAAGGAAGGGACUUACGGGCCGCUUUUUAGGUACUUGGUUGAUAUGGAGAUGGUGGAGGAGUUUCAGAUUUUUGAAGAGUUUAUUAGGGAGGCGAGUCCUGAGUCUGUUGAGAGGCUUGUUUACUAUGAGAUGCUUCUUUGGAUUCAAGUGAAUGAUGAAGAGAAGAUCCACGAAAUUUGUAAUACGGUUGAUGAUAGUGGGAGGAUAAGUUUAUCAACCCUACAAGAAUAUCAUUUGGUUGCACUGUGUGAGAAAGACAGAAAGGAAGAUCUUCAGAAGCUUUUAGAGAUUGUCGACAUAACAAAAGUUUCUUCACCGGAAGUUUUGAAAAGCAUGUUUGAAUACCUUGGAAACUCGCUAUUGGAGGCUGUUGCAAUGAAGCUACUUUUGGAACUAAGAGACUCUGGUGAAGUGGAGGCAGUUUCAAAUCUCAUAUUUAGCUAUGCCUCCUGCAUCCCAAACUCCUCGGUGAGGUCAAUUCUGGUAGAGGAUGCCAUAUUGAAGUUUAACAAGUUGCACGAAGAACUAGAUAUUGUGCCUUCAUCUACAUCCUAUGAAAAGCUCGUUGGUUAUCUUUGUGGCUCGAAUGAGGUGGCCACUGCUCUUGAUGUAGUUGAAAAUAUGUGUGAAGCAGGACUCGAAAUAUCGGAAAACAUCCUACAUUCAUUAUUAGAUGCCAUUGGCCAGAUUCUUGAGUUUGAUUUGGUACAAAGAAUCCAUUCAAUCAUGAGCAACAAGUGUGUCAAGCCAAACAGUGAGACUUUCAGGAGAUCGAUAAGUUUGUGCAUAAGAAUCAAAGAUUUUGAAGGUGCAUAUAAUAUGCUUGGUAAUUUGAAGAAUUUUAAUUUGGCUCCGAACUCUAGCAUGUACAAUUCUAUUAUGGUGGGAUAUUUUCGAGAGAAAAAUGUGAACAAGGCCUUAAUGGUCCUCAAGGAAAUGAAAGAAGCUGACGUUAAAGCUGAUUCUGUGACGUUUAGCUAUCUAAUAAACUAUUGCGACCAGGAGGAGGCUAUUGCGGAGUAUUAUAAGGAGAUGAAGCAAGCAGGAAUUCAAGCUAGUAAGCACAUUUACAUGUCCCUCAUAAAAGCAUAUGCGUCAUGCAAACAAUUUGAGAAGGCAAAACAGGUGCUCUUGGACCAAGAAGUACCGACAAAGGAUCACAAUGAGCUGAAAAGUAUUCUUAUACAUGCUCUGGCAUUAAAUGGAAAUAUAACAGAUGCCUUGAGUAUUUAUGAAGAAAUGAAGGAAGCUGGUUGCCACGUAGACCCAAAAACUAUUAUAACUCUUAUAGAUCACGCUGAUUCAAACGAAGAGUUGACAACGUUGGCUCAACUCGCUCAUGAGCUGAAUGAUUCUAAAUAUUGGAUAGAUGGUCUCUUCAAAAUUGUCGUGUUUGCUGUCCGCAACAAUAAGUCGUGCUCUAUUCUUGAUUUGUUGAAGGGGACGAAAAACGACUUGUUCAAGGAUGACAUCGCUCUGGAAUAUUGGUUGGAAGAGCUGUUUAGGUCAAUAGCAGAAACAGAGCCUAGUGAUGUGAAGCUAGGGCUGGACUUGUUGAGCUUUAUGAAGGAAGAGCUUGGGUUAUGUCCUUCAAGAAAAUGUCUAGAUUUUCUUCUACAUGCUUGUGUCAAUGCGAAGGAUAAGCAGACCGCUCUAGUGAUAUGGAAAGAGUACCAGUUUGCAGAACUCCCUUACAAUGUCCUCAACUAUCUAAGGAUGUAUCAGGUGCUAGUGGCUGCAGGAGAUUCAAAAAGUGCAAAGGAAAUAGCAUCCAAGAUUCCUAAUGAUGAUAGAGAUGUUAAAUGUGUAAUCAAAGAAAGCAGUGUUGUAUUUACUCCAAAACCGAAAAAUAAAACGACGAAAAAGAAACGAUUAUCUUGCCAAGCAAAGUAGGAUCAAUCAGAUCAUCAGUUACCCCAAUUGUAUGAAAUGUUGUACAGGAAUGUACACAAUUUUGCCACUAGAAUGGCUGAGUUUUUUUUUUUAA